GGUAGUGUGUGUGUGGCAGCGAAGAGUGAGAGAGGUUGGUGCUUAUGAUGUGGCGCUUCCUGCUACUCUACUCGCUCUGUAUCGUCCUACAACCCACUAAUGGCUACGUUGAGGACUACUACUGCGGAGAAAAUAACUGUUAUGAGCUCCUUGAAAUCACCCGAGAUGCAACUAAGCAAGAAGUCAAACGGGCUUUCCGAGCUAUUGCAUCAAAAACUCACCCUGACAAAUUCCUGGAUCCAGAGGAAAAGAAAGUUGCUGAAGAAAGAUUCAGAAUUUUGUCUACAGCGUACGAUAUUCUGCGAGAUGAUGAAGCUCGAGAAGAUUAUGACUACAUGUUGGAUCACCCGGAACAGUUCUACCAGAAUGUAUACCGAGCAUGGCGAAGGCGUAUGGCUCCCCACGUUGAUGUCAGAAUUGUACUAGCAGCCACCAUUUCCCUUAUAUCAUUAGUGCAGUAUUAUAAUGGUUGGACAAAAUAUCAAGAAGCCAUCAAGUAUUUUGCAGUUGUACCAAAGUAUCGAUUACAGGCAGUGGAGUUAGCAAAGCAGGAAGGAUUGCUGGUGACUGACAAGAAGAAGCUAAAAGGAAUGUCAAAAGAGCAAAUUAAAGAACAAGAGGAGAAAAUAAUUCGCCAAGUUAUUGAGAGGAAGAUGGAUAUCCGUGGUGUUUAUGCCAAACCUACUUAUAAGUAUGUUAUUAAAGACCUGUUGUUUGUAGUAAAUUAGGUAUCCUCAGAGGGG